GGCGCGCUCGAGCUCAGUCGCGUACGAAGGACUGCUCCCGGCGGACGAACGGCCACGACGGCGAACAGCAAUCCCACCUCAUUAUCUCUAGCUAGUUUUGGGCUUGCUGGGUGAGCUCUCGGACGGCACGGCAAUCAGUGCAGAAAGUGUGUCUGGGUGUGCAUUGGUAUCGCAUUGGUGGUGUAAUACAAACAAAAAGAGCGUGCAAAGUGGUGAAAAGUGUGCCAUGAGCUAGCAAACUGCAACGUACGAGGAUUUAGUUCGGUUAACCUUCAGCAUCAUCAGUGAAACCGACGCUUGCAGGACCGUCGCAAGAAUCGUUCGCGUGUACGGUGAGGAGUAUUGGCAGACACAGACGUUUAGUGUGCAUCAAAUAUAAGACAAGAAGCGGUACGGCAAUAGCGAUUAGAGUGAAGAUUUAAAUGAGGUGAGUGUGCGUCUGACUUAGAUACGACGGGCAGAGCCAGGUACAAACGACCUGUCCGCUAUAACCCAUUAUCUGGAAUCCACUUUACGAUCGCGAUAGUAGUAAAACAAUCGUUAAAAGGUUCGAAACCUUCACUCGAGAGCGCGCGCGUAGACGUGUGUGACACGUGUCUUUCGGUGUGCAGCAGCUCGAGCGGAGCAACUAGUGGUCAAUCAUGGCGGUCUUGCACUGGGAGCACUUACUAGCGUAGCGUCCCUACCACGUGUCGAUAGUGUGUGUGUGUUUGUUUGUGUGUGUGUGCGUAAUAAUGAACAAAUUGUUGUAAUUGUGAGCUAAAAAGUUGUGCCAUAAAACAAAGAAAACACUACAAAAAUUAAUGAAAAUAGCUAAAUGUACUGAUCGUAGAUAAAUAGACAAGCAAGUGAUUAGUGGCUCAGGAUAAAGCAUAAGACAAUCUUGGACAAACACACCACUCGACCGACAGAGCCACAUUCAGAACCAAUCUCGGCAUCAUCCAUCAUCAACACUCAAGCGCCGCCUGUCAUCGCCGGACGGGGGGAAUGAUAAAGCAAUGGCCCGGGGAAGCUAUGAGAUUGGCAGUAGUCGGUGGUGGUAAAAAAUAAUAGAAAGGAAGAGAGAAAGUGAGGAGCAAACAAAAAACAAAACAAAAAACAAAUAUCAAUCUGAUUGGUAUCGUUUCGGAUAAAGUUUCGGCUGAACCUACACCACACACCACAAACCCACAAAUCGGCUUUACCCAAAAACAAGAAAGUGCAUCGCAAUUCGGAUCACACAAAUAAACUCACUCCAGCAUCGGCGUAUUCAAGAGCUGCUAGUUCGAUGCAAAUUCGGUAACUUGUCGUUCAAACAACACACUGCCAGCAUCCUCCCCUGUGUAACCCGCGUCGCAGUGUUUACACUGUUUCUUUGCUGACUAGCCCAAGUGUUGAAACAAGAACUACCAACGUUUUUGAUCGUUCACGUAGCCCAUGGUACCGAUUCCUAUUCCCUCCGUGGUAAUUAAGCACAAGAACGUAACAACAAACAAAUAACAGAAAAUAAACAUUAUUUAUGGGCUGACGGAUCACCAUUCACUCCCAGAGAACGUUCGCAACGCAAGGCAUAGCGUCCCCGUAGGCUAAAUUCCUAGAGCAGCGCCCUUUAAUUCGAUCGACAGUACCAAGAUUGCACUGGAAAGCCACACCAGUACCACCAUCCACCACGACCUCCACGGCUCCGACCUAAUCUGAACCAGCCCUGAACAAACCACGACACAAAAAGCCCCCCAAAGCUUUCUCAAUCCUCCAGUAUAGGCCGUAGAUAUGAGCCAUGGCAAAACUGCGCCAUUACAGGACCAUGACGGCGAUCUGCUUUGUCUGCAACCUGCCUAUCAUGUCUCACCAGGUGGGACUGGUAUGGCAGGGUGGAAACGGUUGGGACGAUCUGGUCCGCGAGCAGGUCGAAGAGUCCACCAUUCGCCAGCGCCUCGGCGGACGUCGCGAUUCGGCGGCACAGAUAUCCGGCGCUUCACCUCCUAGUACCUCACCACCGCCAGGUGCUCAGCGACGUCGCCGGAGCUCACUCGCGCAGCUAACCGACAUCCUGCGCGAAUGGAGCGGCGGUGGCUCGAAACGCCAGAAAGCCCCGCUGAACCGUCGCGAGACGCUCGCCGAUCUCGCGCGCAGCCUGCCCUGGAACAAGGCGACGACGGGCGAAUCGUACAACAGUCAGAACAAUUCGGGCCACGCUCCGCCGCUGCGCAAGCGCCGCGAGUCGAGCGCGGACUCGGGCGUGAAGAGCUGGUCCUACCGGCGGGACUCGCACGUGUCCGACUUCCGCAAGGAGCGGGAGUGGGAGCGCGAGCGCGAGAAGGAGCGCGAGCGCGAACGAGAGCGCGAACGGGAGCGGGAGCGCGAACGAGAUCGUGACGAUUACAUCUACUCGACGGAUAAUUAUCGAAAUGGUUCGCGACGCAACUCGAACGACUCUAGCCGCGAUCGAUCGUCCCGCCGCGACAGUACGAUCGGAGGAACGGCCACCCCACCCCCACCGCCACCGAAAGUGGUUGGAACG